AUGAAAGUUACUGUUACUACGCUCAACGACGAAAUUUUCGUCCUUGAUGUUUCUGAAGACUUGGAAUUGGAGAAUUUCAAAGCUUUUUGUGAAAUAGAAUCUGGUUUCCCGGCAAAGGAUAUCAUAUUGAAUUACAAUGGCAAACCGCUUUUAGACGACAAGAAAUCUCUCAAAGAACACGGCGUACAUGAUGGAGACGUCAUUGUUUUGCUUCAUAUGCUGCAAUCUGCCUCUAAUCUCAACGUUAAUGAUUCUAGUCAAGCCUUGCCCACAGGUUUGGCUAAUCUUGACUUCAGCAGUAUCCAAGUUCCACCAGCUGCAGCAAGUACUUCAAUGGCUGCAAGAAAUCCAUCUGUGGAGGAAGACCCUCGUCUUAUUAGGGAAAUGUUUUUGGCCAAUCCUGAUCAACUUGCUCUGCUCAAACAAAAUAAUCCAAGAUUAGCUGAUGCAUUGUUAAGUGGUAACCUUGAUACUUUUGCAUCUGUGCUUCGAGAACAAAUUUCAGCUAGGACUGAACGCCAACAACAGAGAAUAAGGAUGAUGAAUUCAGAUCCAUUUGACACAGAAGCACAAAGAAUGAUUGCAGAAGAAAUUAGACAAAAGAAUAUUGAGGCAAAUAUGGAAGCUGCUAUGGAAUACAAUCCAGAGACAUUUGGAACAGUUGUUAUGUUGUAUAUCAACUGUCAUGUUAAUGGAUUUCCUGUUAAGGCAUUUAUAGACUCAGGUGCUCAAACUACUAUAAUGUCAGCAGCAUGUGCUGAGAGAUGUAACAUAAUGAGACUUGUGGAUACCAGAUGGGCUGGUAUAGCUAAAGGUGUUGGUGUACAGCGGAUCAUUGGUAGAAUUCAUAUGGUCCAGAUGCGAAUUGAAAAGGAUUUCCUUACAACUUCAUUCUCAGUACUUGAAGAACAACCAAUGGAUAUGCUCCUUGGUUUGGACAUGUUAAAAAGACAUCAGUGCAAUAUAGACUUGAAACGGAAUGUGUUGCAUAUUGGAACUACUGGUACGGAGACUCCAUUUUUGCCCGAAUCUGAACUGCCAGAAUGUGCCCGGUUGUCAGGUUAUUCUGAAGACGAGAUAGUAAAUCAGUCCGUGCGAGAUCAUGAAGAACGACAAAUGAAAGAAGCUCUCGAGAAGUCAAAGCAAGAUGCUGCUCGAAGCCAACCAUCGAGGCCCAAUACAAUUCCUCAAACCUCUUCAAGCAUGAGCCAGUCUGUUAACCAGAGACUUGGAUUUGGAGAUCCCAGUUUAACAAUUCUUCCAACUGACUCAUUCGGCGAAUCAGAAGUUGAAGAGAUUGUUGCUCUUGGAUUUACCAGAGAACAAGCUAUUGUGGAGCUGAGAAGAUUCAAUGGGGAUAAAACGCAGGCAACUGUUGCUCUGUUUGCCAAGUCUCUCAAGUUCUAA